GUCGAUUUCUCUCUUCUUUAUAUUCCCAUUUCAACUUUGCUACUCCAUUUUUAUGCUACCAAAUGCAACACCCAGAAAAGGAAGGUGCCAGCCAGCCAUGUCGUCCUCAUCAUCAUCAACACACCACCUUCUCUCUGAUCUCGCUAUCCAUGUCAACUCCCAGGAAACCUUCUUCCUCAGCGAGAAAAUUGUGUGCGCUUACCUGGGGAGACUGAGGAAGAUCAUUAAGCAGGAAAAGAGAAGGACCCAAAUCAAGAUUUCAGGGGUUGAGAUCGACGAUUUCCCCUGCGGCCCAUCUGGGUUCGAGCUGGUCGCCGGAUUCUGCUACAACGGCGGCAGAAUCCGCCUCUCUGCCUCCAACGUCUCCCUCCUCCACUGCUCCGCCGUCUUCCUGGGAAUGACCGACAAGGUCCGCUCCGGCAACCUCCUCAGCCAGACGGAGGAUUUCCUUGAGGGAAUGCUGGAUUGGCAGCUCCCCGACGUUGUCUCCUGUCUCAAAACCUGCGACUCUUUCUUCCCCUACGCCGAUUCCUUGGGGCUCGUCCAGAAGCUCGUUUCUGGGCUGUUAGUGAAAAUCGCCGGCGGCCGCUGCAAUUCAGCAGACAAUUCAUCCGCCUCAUCAUCCAGCUCGUCUCCUUUCGAUGACCAAGAAUCGCCUUGGAGCAAGUUGAGGUUCUCGUUUUCAAGUUCCAAGCCAGGGGGGCGAGUGGAAUGGUGGUUUGAUGACUUGGUCCGCCUUUCCCCUUUGGCAAUCGAAAUGUUGGUUAAAACAUUGGGGUCUUACGGGUCGGAAAACACCAGCUUGACGCUCACCAGGUUCCUUCUCCAUUACCUUAACAAGCACAAGAAUUGGGUUCGCCACAAGUCCAAAAUGUCCAGCCGAGUUUACUCGGGCCUCGCUGACACGGCCAUCCAUGGGGUGAUUCUGGGUGGAAGGGUCGCAUUCUCUUACAGAGGGCUGCUCUGGGUUUUCAGAGUUCUGUGUGGGUUUGGUCCCACAAAAGCCUGUGAGGAGGAAUUGGAGAGGAUGAUUGGAGAAUCGCUCGAUGAAGCGAGAUUGGAUGACUUGUUGGUGUGCGGGAAUGGUGGUGGCGGUGGGAGUGCUUAUGAUGUGGAUUUGGUGAUCAGAUCGGUGAGAAUAUUUGUGAAUUCAAUGAAUCAGAACCAGAGCCAGAGAAUGAGGAGAGUGGUGAGGGUGAUUGACGAGUACUUGAGGGAGAUAUCUCCUGAUCAUAAUCUCAAGAUGCCCAAAUUCGUGGAGGUUGCUGAGAGCUUGCCCAAGUCUGCUAGGGACAGCUUCGAUGGGGUUUACAGAGCCAUUGACAUUUACCUUGAGUCUCAUCCCACACUUUCCUUCAAGGAGAGAUCAAGACUGUGCCGGUGCCUAAACUUCGACAAGCUGUCAAUGGAAACCUGUAAAGAGAUAGCCAAGAAUCCCAAAUUCCCACCAACUGUUGCAGUUCAGGCACUCAUGUCCAAGACCUCUAUGCUCUCAACACCAUUAAUGCCACCUUCUCCUGCCCAAGGAGUUCAUCAUCAUCAUCAUCAUCAUCAUCAUCAUCGCCCUAAAAUGCAUGACAAAACAGUGGAAAUUAGCAGCAAAUCGGGCAGCUUGUCCAAUUCUCCACGAAUGGUGAAAGUGCAGAAGAAGAAGAAUGUUGGGUUGCCUGAUCUUCAUGUGAAAUUGGACAAGUACACUUGUAGUCCUGCCAGAGGGAUACAAGCAAAGAGGCAGGUUGUGGUUCCGGUUUCAGAAGACAAGGGAGAGAAGAUGGAGAUGAACAUUGUGAGGAUGCAAAAGAGGGUAGUGGAGUUGGAGAGAGCUUGUACAGAAAUGAAGAACCAAAUGUCUAGAAUGACGACUGAGCAUCACAAUGAUGGCGGUCCUCCGUAUGAUGGUGAUGCUGGUGGUGGUCUUACGCUUAUGGCACUCCCUUCUUCUUGCGGUAAAAGCUUGGGUAGGAUUUGUUUUUAAAUUUUAGGGCAAGCAUUAUCAUAGGAUCUUUUAUACUACGUAUAGCUUUGAUUCCGUCUUGUUUGCCUUUGUUUCGGCAACCACAUUUCAAAGGUUGGUCGUCUAAUGUACAGAGUGCUUUCAGUUCAUCUCAUUUCAAGAUGUAAGUGUAUACCAUGGUUGGUCCAUUUGAAAAAUAAAAUGAAGUGGUUAAU